AUGGUGCCGUUCGCUCCGCUGGAGGACGCGGAGGAGCCGGAGCCCUGCCACAAAAUGGAGCUGUACGUGAGCGGCGGCGAGCUAAAUGGCCUUAAAAUGGCAGAUGAGCCUAUGGAAGAAGGUGAACCGUAUUCCUACCACGAUGAAGGAAGUGUGAAAGAAAUUCCUAUUACACACCAUGUGAAAGAAGGAUGUGAGAAAGCAGAUCCAGCACAGUUUGAACUGCUUAAGGUUCUUGGACAGGGAUCGUUUGGAAAGGUCUUCCUCGUACGGAAAAUAAUUGGUCCUGAUGCUGGGCAACUUUAUGCAAUGAAAGUAUUGAAAAAAGCUUCUUUAAAAGUUCGGGAUAGAGUUCGUACAAAAAUGGAGAGAGAUAUAUUAGUAGAAGUAAAUCAUCCAUUUAUCGUCAAACUGCACUAUGCCUUUCAGACUGAAGGGAAGCUAUAUUUAAUAUUGGAUUUUCUCAGGGGAGGAGACGUAUUCACGCGAUUAUCCAAAGAGGUUAUGUUUACAGAGGAAGAUGUGAAAUUCUACCUCGCAGAACUGGCCCUUGCUUUGGAUCACCUUCACAGCUUGGGAAUUGUAUACAGGGACCUGAAGCCAGAAAACAUUUUGCUUGAUGAAGCAGGACAUAUCAAGUUAACAGACUUUGGACUCAGCAAAGAAUCAGUAGAUCAAGAGAAGAAGGCCUAUUCUUUCUGUGGUACUGUAGAAUACAUGGCACCUGAAGUAGUAAACAGGCGAGGGCACAACCAGAGUGCUGACUGGUGGUCCUUUGGUGUUCUCAUGUUUGAAAUGCUUACUGGUACACUACCAUUUCAAGGUAAAGAUCGAAAUGAGACUAUGAAUAUGAUACUGAAAGCAAAACUUGGAAUGCCUCAGUUCCUCAGCCCUGAAGCACAAAGUCUUCUGAGGAUGUUGUUUAAAAGGAACCCAUCAAAUAGAUUAGGAGCUGGUUCCGAUGGAGUCGAAGAAAUCAAGAGACAUCCUUUUUUUUCUACUGUUGACUGGAAUAAACUGUUCAGAAGAGAAAUUCAACCCCCAUUUAAACCUGCUUCUGGAAAGCCUGAAGAUACCUUUUGUUUUGAUCCAGAAUUCACAGCAAAAACACCAAAAGAUUCUCCAGGAGUCCCGCCUAGCGCAAAUGCACAUCAGCUCUUCAAAGGAUUUAGUUUUGUUGCAACAACUACUGUAGAAGAUCAUAAAAUAUCACCACUCACCAAUAUACUGCCAAUAGUACAGCAACUUCAUGGAAACAGCGCACAGUUUACUGACGUAUAUGAAUUGAAGGAAGAUAUUGGUGUUGGUUCCUACUCUGUUUGCAAGCGAUGUAUACACAUAGCUACAAAUAUGGAGUUUGCUGUAAAGAUAAUUGAUAAAAGUAAGAGGGAUCCCUCAGAAGAAAUUGAGAUUCUCAUGCGUUACGGACAACAUCCAAAUAUUAUUACUUUAAAGGAUGUGUAUGAUGAUGGUAGAUUCAUAUACCUUGUCACUGAGCUGAUGAAAGGGGGAGAGCUGCUCGAUCGAAUUCUCAGACAGAAGUUCUUCUCGGAACGAGAGGCUAGCGCUGUAUUAUACACUAUAACUAAGACUGUGGACUACUUGCACUGCCAAGGAGUAGUGCAUCGAGACCUUAAACCUAGUAAUAUUUUAUACACGGAUGAUUCAAAUAAUGCUGACUCUAUCAGGAUUUGUGAUUUUGGAUUUGCAAAACAACUUCGAGGAGAAAAUGGACUACUUCUAACUCCGUGCUACACAGCAAACUUUGUGGCACCAGAGGUUCUCAUGAGACAGGGAUAUGAUGCUGCUUGUGACAUAUGGAGCUUGGGUGUUCUUCUCUACACAAUGUUGGCAGGCUAUACUCCAUUUGCCAAUGGUCCUAAUGAUACUCCAGAGGAGAUCCUGGUACGGAUAGGCAGUGGAAAAUUCUCUUUAAGUGGAGGCAACUGGGACACUGUUUCAGAUGCAGCAAAGGACUUGUUAUCACAUAUGCUUCAUGUAGAUCCACACCAGCGGUAUACAGCAGAGCAAGUAUUAAAACAUUCGUGGAUAGCCUGUAGGGACCAGUUGCCGCAUUAUCAACUAAACAGGCAAGAUGCACCACAUCUAGUAAAGGGAGCCAUGGCUGCUACGUAUUCUGCACUGAAUCACAAGACAUUUCAGCCAGUGCUAGAGCCUGUUGCAGCCUCAAGUUUAGCUCAGCGACGGAGCAUGAAAAAGCUAACAUCAACAGACUUAUAGAUCCACUGGGACACCUUAGCCAACAGAAGCAAGGGGAGAAUCCAAUAAGUGGCUCUAUUUUGCCUGACCUGUG